AACCGCUGCGACGCGUCCACCCGCACACUCCCGGGUGCUACCGGCCGCUUCUGGCUCGGGGCUGGCCCGGGUCCCCGUCUUUAAAAUGGGGGUGACGCCCCCCCCCCCCCCCGCCGCCCCCGUGAGGAGGCUCGAGUUAGGGAAGGUCCGCGGACAAAGCGCUUCUAGCUCGGCACAAACGUCAGCUGUCACCGUGACGCCGCCGCCGCCGAGGAGGACGACUCCUUGGAAAGCAGGGCUGGGGUCCCCUCCAGCAAUGUCAAAUGAGUAUAACUAUCUGAAACUGAAGAGUGAUUGCCCUUCUUCCCUGCCACGUUAUGCCCAGCCUCCAAAAAAGAUGAGAAGACCCGGCCUGUUAUUAAAAGACAUUCUCAAAUGCUUGCUACUUGUGUUUGGAUUGUGGAUCCUCUAUAUCCUCAAAUUAAGUUACAGCACUGAAGAAUGUGACAUGAAAAGGGUGCACUACGUGGAUCCCGAGCGUGUCAAGAGAGCACAGAAGUAUGCUCGCCAAGUAUUGCAAGGCGAAUGUCGACCCCAUUUUGUGAAAAAGGAGAUGGAGCGCUUAUUUGAUCAGAAAUAUGGCAUGGAUUCCUCCCCUUUUCUAAAAGAAAAUAUGGAAAUGAAUGGAGAUCUAUAUAAAUAUGACCCUCCAUUCGGAUUUCGCAAGUUCUCUAGCAAAUUGCAAAACCUUUUAAAACUUUUGCCUGAGCAUGAUCUACCCGAAAACUUGAAAGCCAAACGUUGUAAACAUUGUGUUGUUAUGGGAAAUGGUGGCAUACUGAAUGGACUCAGACUGGGCCAUAUAUUGAAUCAGUUUGAUGUGGUGAUAAGGUUGAACAGUGCACCGGUUCAGGGGUAUACAGAUCAUGUUGGGAAUAAAACUACUAUAAGGAUGACCUAUCCCGAAGGAGCUCCAUUAUCUGACCUCGAGUAUUAUUUGAAUGACUUGUUUGUUGCCGUUUUAUUUAAGAGCGUGGACUUCAACUGGCUGGAAGCAAUGAUAAAAAAUGAGACUGUGCCUCUUUGGGUGCGCCUGUUCUUCUGGAAGCACGUCGCUGACAAGAUACCGCUCCAACCCAAACAGUUUAGGAUUCUCAGUCCAGUCAUCAUUAAAAACACCGCUAUGGACAUGCUGCACUACUCAGAACCACAACCGAGAAUCUGGGGCUGGAGUCAGAACGUGCCCACGAUGGGCAUCGUAGCUGUUGUCCUGGCCACCCAUCUGUGUGAUGAAGUCAGUUUGGCAGGUUUCGGAUAUGAUCUCAACCAGCCCAAGACCCCUUUACACUACUUUGACAACCUCUGCAUGGCAGCAAUGAAUGAUCAAACAAUGCAUAACCUGACCACAGAAACCAAGUUUCUGCAAAGGCUCGUGAAAGAAGGGACUGUGAAAGACCUGAGUGGAGGAAUACAUUGUGAAUUUUAAAGAUUUUUAAGAGUAACUUGGCAUUUUAACCCAAGAGGGCGGCUUUGAAUGGGACUCCACAAACAGGUUGCCGACCCUGUUCUUCAUAUUUUUCAUUGUGUUAACAUUUUGAAAAAUAGCUGGGAUUUUUUUCUUACUCUUAAAAAAAUCAGUUUAUUUUCUUGUGUUAUUUAUUUGAGGUCAGUGUUUGUUUUUGCACAAUAUUUUUGUAAGUUGAUUUUAAGAACUGAACUUAGUGGAAAGAUUUUUAAAGAGAAUUUACGUGAUGUUGUUUUAUUCUAUUUUGGAAGAGAAUUUACAUUUUCGAAAUCUGUCUACAUACUGCACAUAGAAUACCGUGUAAUUAGGGGGGGAGGGGGGAGGGAAGAAGUGUCCGUUGUUUUCUGGUGGUUUCUACAUUUUUAUUUUCUAGUGUGUUAUCUUACUUGGUUGUAUGAAUCUGUGAAAUUCUUCCAAGGCUGUGCGGAGCGGGGCUAAAGGCCAGCAGAGCUGGGGGUGCAGUUUUACUGGGGCACAGGCUGCUAGCAGAGGGAGUGAAGAGCCCGGUCCUGACUGAAGUCUGCAACACUUACUAGAACACCCUGUCUGAACCUCUAAGUCAGGUGAGGGGACCGGGCUGGGGUCCAGGACGGCCCGGACAGAGUCUCCCCAUCUUUAUCUAAGUAACGGAAGAGAAAUAGUGGCUGUUGGGCAGCCCAAAGUGGGGGUCCAUGAGACUUGAUUUUGCUGCUCUUUGUGGUUUGUUGUUUUUCCUUUCACUUCUGGUAGUUCUGCCCCACUCUCUUCAUUCGAGAUGCUCUGCUGUGUGCUCCUAAAUGAGACCUUCCCUUGAAUAUUGUUGCUUUUGUAAGUGCUGCAAAGCUUCUGUUAUCCAGAAUUUCCAGAGAAUAAUCCAUCCUGGAUAAGAUAGGUGAGAGUUUCCACUAUAGCUUUUUCUAGUUGAUGGAAAUCUUUCUUAACUAUGGUAGGUAUUUCCUGACCUUCAAAUGUUGUGUUUUGCUCUAGGUGUAGGGAUAGAAGCAGAUAGAGUUGGUUGGUAUGAGCUUACCUCAUGGCUUCUCACCGUUGUACACACAGACAGGGAGUGACCUCCCCUCCCUGCUAAACAAGAGGCCUGGUUGGUGGCAGAUUGUGAAACCCUGGGGAGGUGCACUUGACUUUCUUCUUGGCACACAUGCCCAUCCGUCUGUGCACACGUUCUCUGCCUGGGCUCUUUCGAGCUACAUGAUGCUGAAGAGCCAAGAGUUGUCUUCUGCGCACCCAACCACCUCAGGCGACGGAGAUGCCCUCUUCUCUGCAGCCAGGGUCUCCAGCUGCUGCCCCCAUGGCUGCCCCCACCGUUCCCCAGCUGCUGCUCUCUUCCUGUGCCCCUUUGUGUCUCUCUUGCUUACUGUUUGUCGUAUCUCCUGGUUUUAGGGGGUUGUUUCUAGAAGGCCAGUUCUGUGGAUGCUAUCAGCCCACUGUGCCUGGUGUGCAGGGUUUGGGCAUUCACAGUCUCUCAGCAGUUUUCACUGGAAUCUUGGAGGGUGAGUCUCUUCUUAUUGUUUCCAUUGCACCUCAUUUGUCAUAGGUUAUUUCUUUAAUCAGACAUUCUUCCCUUUAAUUUUUUUUUUACUUAAGAAUCCAGAGUCACUGAUAAUUUUGUGUCUUUUCACACACACACACACACACACACACACACCCCAAAAUAAAACCUUGCAAACAUAAAAUAAGUUAGUUGUGAAACAACUUUGGAAAAAAUUUCCCUUUUUGUAUCUCAGACUACAUUUAAAUGACACUAGAAAAUACAGACUAAUUUAGUAGCAAUUUAAAAAAAAACAACUAUAUUCAGCCUAGAACCCUGAACAGGGCUUGGAAAAAUGCUUUGGGGGAUAUGGGGAUAAAUAGGUCUAAAUAUAGUCCCUUAGUUUUUUAAAAACAGAAUUAAACCAAGCUCUUAACAAAGCACUUUUAGUUUUCUAGAAGUCUUUUUGUGUCUGUUAAAUGACCUGUUUUUUAUCAUUUAUUUAUUUUGUUUUAUAAAUUAAUAUAAUAUAAAUUAUGUUUAUAUACACAAAUCAUUUUGACAUAAAGGACUUGACCCUAAGUCACUUAAAAACAAAUCCAGGGGCAGCUAGGUGGCGCAGUGGAUAGAGCACCGGCCCUGGAGUCAGGAGUACCUGAGUUCAAAUCCGGCCUCAGACACUUAACACUUACUGGCUGUGUGACCCUGGGCAAGUCACUUAACCCCAAUUGCCUCAUUAAAAAAAAAAAAAUUAAAAAAAAAAAAACAAAUCCAGCCCACCUUUCAUUUUCUUGUCAGAUGAGCUGUUUGAUUUGACACAUCGAGUUGGUCAGAAGGGUCCCCUGGGCUUAUAUGU